AUGAAGAAGAAUCAAACACAAGUGACAGCAUUUAUCCUGGCUGGGUUUUCCAGUUUUGAAGAUCUACAGACAGUUUUAUUUGCCAUGUUCCUUCUCACAUAUAUUAUUACCCUGAUGGGCAAUCUGCUGAUAAUGGUAAUCAUUGGGACUGAUUGGAGCCUUCAUGUCCCCAUGUAUUUCUUCCUUUUCGUUUUGUCCUUUUCUGAAACAUGCUACAGUUUAGUCAUUAUCCCCAGAAUGCUGGUGGACCUGCUAGUAAAAAGUAGAACAAUCUCUUAUGCUGGGUGUGCAGCACAAAUGUUUUUCUUCCUUGGACUAGGUGGCACAAACUGCCUCGUUCUUACAGUAAUGGGAUAUGACCGAUAUCUAGCAAUAUGCCACCCGCUGCACUACCCAAUCCUCAUGAAUGUGAGGGUGAUUCUGUGGCUUGUAGCUGCCUCGUGGACUGGGGGGUUUCUCAUAUCCCUAACUGAGACAGCGCUAGUUUUUGGGGUGCCCUUCUGUGGCUCCAACACUAUCAACCACUUCUUUUGUCAUAUGAGGACAAUGGUUAAGUUAGCUUGCACUGAUGACAACAAUGCUGAGGUUAUCAUCACUGCUAUCUCUAUUGUGGGCCUGGCAGGCAGUUUCCUGUUCAUCAUGUUGACAUACGUCUUCAUCCUUUCCACCAUCUUGCGAAUUCCCUCCACUGACAGUCGGCAGAAAGCUUUCUCCACCUGUGCUUCCCACCUCAUUGUCGUGAUUGUGCAUUAUGGGUUUGCCUCCAUCAUUUACCUCAAGCCCAAUGCCGCUGGUGUUUUAGACAAUGACACAUUGAUAUCCCUACCCUACACCAUCAUUACGCCAUUCCUCAGUCCCAUGAUAUUUACCUUGAGAAACAAGGAAAUCAAAGUUGCUCUAAGGAAAGCAAUCAGCAAAAAAAUAGUUUUACCAAAGAUACAAAAUGUUAAGUGUACUUGUUAA